UAGGUCGGGAGGAGGUCACCGAGCUGAGACCAAGCCGCUGCUGCUCCCGGAGCCGGGCCCCGCCCUCCCUGCGACGCCGGGGCAGGGAGAGAUUCUGGGGGUCCUUGGGGUGCCGCGCUGACGGGGUCAGGCCGGGGCGCUGCAGGCCCCACCGCAGCCCCACCGGCCGGGUAAGCGGCGGCCCCCACGGGUUCCAGGCCCGCGCAGAGUCUGUGCAUCCGGCGCGGGGACCGGCGACUCCCCCGUGGCGCCGCGCAGGUCAGCGAGGGCGCCGGGGACCGCGCCACACCUGUCCGCUCCUCCCGGAGGCCCCUCGGCGCGGGGCCCGUGUCCGCCGUCGCUUUGAUCCCGGGGGCCCCGCUGGAUAAGAGUCUCGGCGGCUCCGCGCCAGCGCCAGAGGGGGAGCGCAGCCGAGCCGGCGUCCCAGCGGGUGAGCCGAGGAGCCGGGCGCGGGGCAGCGGCGGUGGCCGCGGGCCCGAGCGGCGCGGCCAUGGGCCGAGGGGUGCGCGCGCUGCUGCUGCUGGGCCUGCUGCACUGGGCCGGGGGCGGCGAGGCCAGGAAGACCUGGCGGCGCCGCGGCCCGCAGCCGCCCCCGCCCCCGCCCCCGCCCCCGCCCCGCGCCGAGGCCGCCCCCGCGGCGGCGCAGCCCGUGGAGAGCUUCCCGCUGGACUUCACGGCCGUGGAGGGCAACAUGGACAGCUUCAUGGCGCAGGUCAAGAGCCUGGCGCAGUCCCUGUACCCCUGCUCGGCUCAGCAGCUCAACGAGGACCUGCGCCUGCACCUCCUGCUCAACACGUCGGUGACCUGCAACGACGGCAGCCCCGCCGGCUACUACCUGAAGGAAUCCAAGGGCAGUCGGCGGUGGCUCCUUUUUCUGGAAGGUGGCUGGUACUGCUUCAACCGGGAGAACUGCGACUCCCGCUAUGACACCAUGAGGCGCCUCAUGAGCUCCAGGGACUGGCCGCGCACCCGCACAGGCACCGGGAUCCUGUCCUCCCAGCCAGAGGAAAACCCCCACUGGUGGAAUGCCAACAUGGUCUUCAUCCCCUACUGCUCCAGCGAUGUCUGGAGUGGGGCUUCGUCCAAGUCUGAGAAGAACGAGUAUGCUUUCAUGGGCGCCCUCAUCAUCCAGGAGGUGGUCCGAGAGCUCCUGGGCAAGGGGCUGAGCGGGGCCAAGGUGCUGCUGCUGGCAGGGAGCAGCGCGGGGGGCACAGGGGUGCUGCUGAACGUGGACCGCGUGGCCGAGCAGCUGGAGGAGCUGGGCUACCCGGCCAUCCAGGUGCGGGGCCUGGCGGACUCGGGCUGGUUCCUGGACAACAAGCAGUACCGCCGAACAGACUGCAUCGACACUGUCACCUGUGCGCCCACGGAGGCCAUACGCCGAGGCAUCAGGUACUGGAACGGGGUGGUCCCGGAGCGCUGUCGGCACCAGUUCAAGGACGGCGAGGAGUGGAACUGCUUCUUUGGCUACAAAGUCUACCCAACGCUGCGCUGCCCGGUGUUUGUGGUGCAGUGGCUGUUCGAUGAGGCUCAGCUGACCGUGGACAACGUGCACCUCACGGGACAGCCUGUGCAGGAGGGCCAGUGGCUGUACAUCCAGAACCUGGGCCGUGAGCUGCGGAACACGCUCAAGGAUGUGCCGGCCAGCUUCGCCCCCGCCUGCCUCUCCCAUGAGAUCAUCAUCCGGAGCCACUGGACGGAUGUCCAGGUGAAGGGGACCUCGCUGCCCCGGGCGCUGCACUGCUGGGACAGAAGCCUGCAUGACGGCCACAAGGCCAGCAAGGCCCCGCUGAAGGGCUGCCCCGUCCACCUGGUGGACAGCUGCCCCUGGCCCCACUGCAACCCCUCUUGCCCCACCAUCCGGGACCAGUUCACCGGGCAGGAGAUGAACGUGGCCCAGUUCCUCAUGCACAUGGGCUUCGACGUGCAGACCGUGGCGCAGCAGCAGGGCCUGGAGCCCAGUACGCUGCUGGGGAUGCUGAGCAGUGGGAGCUAGGGGUCCCGCCCCGGGGAGCUGGCGCUGGGGCCGGCCACGCCACGGGCUCCGCUGCCCCUCCUAGGACGGACGGGGCCCCGGCUGGCCCCACAGCUGCCUUCACUGCCCCUCUACCACUGCCGCCGGGAGCCCAGCCGCAGCCCCCAGCCCUGCCUCCUGCCCACGCUGGGGAGUCCCAAGCACUGGGCUCCAGCCCACCAGCCCGGAUGUCCCCCGAGCCCAGCCCCAGCCUCAGCCUCUCUUGGCAUUUUGUAUUAUUUUAUAAAGUGACUUUUUUAUUACUUUAAUUUUUUUAAAAAGGAAAAUAAGAAAUAUAUGAUUAAUGAUAUUGUUCUGUAACAUAUUUUUUUUAAAUAAUGAAAAAAAAAAGACAACAAAAGAGCCUCA